UGCCCCUGCCCGCGCCGGACCCGCACUCAGCAGCACCCGGCAGCGGCGGAUCCCCCGCCCCGCUCCCUUCCGGGGCAGCGUGUCACCGGGAAAGCGGCCCGGCUGCAGGGCGCGCCCCGCGCGGAAAUCUUCGGAAAGUCAAGUCUGAUCGUGCCUGGUUUUGCUGGAGGACUUUCGUGGAGGUUUCAGAGAAGGCCUUGAUUGUCUUUUCUGAAAUCAGAGAUGGAAAUAUACACCUGAGGAAAAAACACUUUAAAUCUGCUUUGUCUGUAUUCAUAUGGAUGAAUCCAGGAUGUUCCAAGGAAACACAUUUGAUAAUUACUUGAAUUCAGUCGCCCCAAUUUGUGAAGAUGAUGCUUUCCAAAAGAAAGGGCACAAUGCAAGGACCCUUAGCCCUGAAGAAGCUGAGAAACUGGCAAGAGAUCAAGUCUUGGUGUCUGACUUCAAAAAACUGAAACUGGAGAAAGAGGCACAGAAGAACUGGGAUCUGUUUUACAAAAGAAACAGCACAAAUUUCUUUAAAGACAGGCAUUGGACAACUAGAGAGUUUGAAGAUUUAAAAGCAUGCCGGGAGUUUGAAGAUCAGAAACUGACCAUUCUUGAAGCAGGCUGUGGGGUUGGAAAUUGCUUGUUUCCACUUUUAGAAGAGGACUUGAAUAUCUUUGCUUAUGCCUGUGAUUUCUCUCUAAGAGCUGUUGAAUAUAUAAAGAAGAACGCUUUAUAUAAUAUUGAGAGAUGUAAAGUAUUCCAGUGUGAUCUGACCAAAGAUGACCUUCUGGAAAAUAUACCAGCAGAUUCUGUGGAUGUUGUCACAUUAAUAUUCGUGCUUUCUGCCAUUCACCCUGACAAGAUGCACCUUGCCUUGCAAAAUAUUUAUAAGAUAUUAAAACCAGGCAAAUGUGUCUUAUUUCGAGACUACGGGCUCUAUGAUCAUGCAAUGCUUAGGUUUAAAUCUGGCAGCAAACUUGGAGAAAACUUUUAUGUUAGACAAGAUGGGACAAGAUCAUAUUUCUUUACUGAUGGCCUCGCUCGCUCCUCCAGGGAAAGAAAUACUUCACUAAGGUUUCUUCCUAUGUGUGUACGGAAAAGUUCUUGUCUCAUCUCUUUAAGGCUGUAGGAUAUGAGCAAGUGGUCAAUGAGUAUGUGCUGCGAGAAACUGUGAAUAGGAAAGAAGGCCUGCGUGUUCCAAGGGUUUUUCUUCAGAGCAAAUUUCGAAAGCCUCUGAGUGAAGCAUGAGUAUUUGCUAAUGAACCACAGAAACGCUUGUUUAAAUGGGGUGUUGAAGGGGGGAAAUCUAGUGUGGUGUUUUUCCUUGGCUGUAUAGUCCUGGAGUCUGCUAAACCAGAAUGACAGAAUCAUGUUUUCCAAAACCUUCUGUUUUUGAUCCUUGGGUAUAGAAGAUGAGAGUGACUAUUAGAAUACAAUUUUAAGAUAGGAUAAAGGUACCUAUAUACAAUCAACCUCUUUGAGUGCCUAAAUCUCCCCUUUUUAAAGUAAAUUCUGUGCACCAUUGUGUGCUCUUGUGUGAUUUUAAUAUAAAAAUGUGUAAAUAAGACAGUCUGUUUUUAAAUAAUUCUCCAAGGAUUUUGCGUAGGAUUGUAAUUUUCAUUAAGGAAAGUAUGUUGUUGAGCAUAAACAGGCUAAAUGUUAAUUAUAAGCCAAUGUUUCCACUAGUUGCAAGAAUGGAUUAGUGUUGUGUCCCUUCUCUUUCAUAUUAAAACUAUUUUAUAUUUCUGCUAAUGCA